AUGUUUAAGUAGGCGGAAGAACCGGUGCGCAAGGUGGCCCGGCCGGCGGAAGUGGCUCGUGCGCCGGUAGUCGCCAUGCCGGGAGACCAUCGCCGCAUCCGCGGUCCAGAGGAGUCCCAGCCGCCACAGCUGUACGCGCCCGACGAAGACGAGACGCCCGCUGACCGCGACCCAACGCGGCUACGACCGGUGUACGCGCGCGCCGGACUGCUGAGCCAGGCCAAGGGCUCGGCCUACCUGGAGGCGGGAGUGGCGCUGGAGGAGGCUCUGGAGCCCGCGGUGGGGCUGGGGCGCUACCCUCGCGCCCAGCUCGAGGUGUCCGCGCUGCUGCUGGAGGACGGCGGCUCUGCCCUGGCCGCGGCGCUCACGGCCGCCGCGCUCGCCCUGGCCGACGCGGGAGUGGAGAUGUACGAUUUGGUGGUGGGCUGCGGCCUGAGCCUCACGCCGGGACCCUCUCCCACUUGGCUGCUGGACCCCACGCGCCUCGAGGAGGAGCACUCGGCCGCUGGCCUCACGGUGGCGCUCAUGCCGGUGCUCAACCAGGUGGCCGGGUUGCUGGGCAGCGGGGAAGGCGGCCAGACUGAGAGUUGGACGGAUGCGGUGCGCCUGGGCCUAGAAGGCUGCCAGCGCCUCUAUCCAGUGCUGCAGCAGUGCUUGGUGCGGGCAGCCCGCCGGAGAGGCGCCGCCGCCCCAUCCUGAUUGGAAAACCUGAGCGACAAGAAUGUGGACAACUGCUGUCGCCCUUCUCUUCCGGCGCUCUUGGUCGCCUGGCUUGGCUGCACAGAGAAAUGAAAGCGGAGGUAGCGCGCACAGAACUGAAGCACUGGACAACUGCGUGAGAACGGUUUAAAGGGCCUUUGCGGUCUCUAUUCAGUUGGAAAAACAAAAACAUGAAGCCUUACUCCCAAGUUGGAAACGACUUAAACAGGAUUACCUGGUAAAUGAGACUGGGGUUGUGGUACUCCAAGGGAUGGACCCUGUACAGAUCAGCCAUUGGCUCCAGUGUAUGAUAAACAUCUUUUGAGAGGAUGAACAAGGGGACUUCUCACUACCUGAACUAAAACAUAAAAACUUUUUUAUAUCUGAA